AUGUCAAAACUUAAUUUUGCAAAACAGGUAAUAACAGAAAGUAUAGUGGAAAAAGUUUUAACAGGUGUUGCAAGACCUAAAAAAAAGGGCUCCAACACUGAACAAUCAAGUGAAAAUGUUGCUACAAAAUCAUCAUCGGAAAGUGACAAUAACACACUUAUUCCAAAAAUUGUUGGCAAAGCUAGAGAUUACUUUAGAAGCCUUCACGCUAAAUUAAACAACACUGCAGGCGUAUUGCCAUCUAAUUUUUCAUUAUGUGAAGGAAUGAUUUGUGUGGAGUUGGCUUUCAAGUUUUUAAAUAUCAACCAAAAAUUUGAUCGUGAAAUUGCAGUCCAACAAAUUGGUGCUGACAUGAAAGAUUAUCAAUCUUGUUUUACAGAGGUUGUUAAUUUGCUUGGAAUUUCAUUUGCAAUAAGUUUAGAUGAUUUAAUUCUUACUUUUGGAUGUCAAGGAAUUAGAGGAUCAUGUGAAAAGCUUUUGGAAGAAUAUAAAAAGAAAUUCGAGUCUCGUUACUCUGCAGAAAUAUUGAAAAAGACCGAUUUUACCAAACCUAUUCUGAAGGUAGCUGCAUUCUACAUAACAGCAACUCAGACCUACAAAUUCAAGGUCGAUUUCAAAAAAUUAGCAGAAGAAACUAAAACAAAUGUGAAAUCCCUUUCUUCUGUUGUGGAUUCAAUGAAGGAAACUUGUGGAAUCACUUCAAUUAAACUUAAAGAAAACCAAGGGGAGGCUCCAAAAAGAAAGAGGGAUGACAUCAUUCUGGAUAAUACCUCCAAACAAUUUAUUCCAUCUUCUUCCAGUAGUGAUGGUUUAAUGGGAUUUGAUGAAAGUAAAGUAGUUUUAAAAAAGAAAAAGGUGGAUAGUCCAAAAACUACCACCACAUCACUCAGAUCCCAACAACUUUUACAAAAAUUAUCCUCUAAUUCUAAUAAUUCUAACAAUCUAGGUAAAAACACUGAAGAAGUCAAGGAAGUCAAACAAGAUAAAAAUCAGGAAAUGCUGGCUAAGAAAACAAAGCAAACCAAGCUGAACUUCUUCAAGUAA